CGUGAUCCUUUGAAGAACGAAACUACAUUGUAGCUGUCUAAAAGCAAACACCUACGAUUGAAUGUGAAUUUGGAGUUACCAUACAACAGUAUCAACAUAUCAACAUGCCGUUUGAGGAUUUAGUACACAUUGACGACUGCUGUUUCUCGCCUUUUCCACCGCUACAGAAGGACGCCAGGAAACACUUAGAGGCUGUGAGAGACAUGAAGACCAAUGAGGACGAUGUUCUCUUGAUUACUUAUCCAAAAUGUGGGACACAUUGGGUUUGGGAGAUCAUUGCCAUGCUUCUAAAAGAAGAAGCAGAGUACCACCCGUUAGUUAGAGAGCACGUAUUCCUCGAUGCUGUUGACCCAUCUUCUCUGGACAGUCUACCAUCUCCCAGGGUGUUCAAUACACACAUACCUUUCCGAUGGUUACCACAGGAACACUUCCGCAAAGGACGCAAGGCUGUCAACGUCAUCAGAAACCCUAAAGACGCAGCAGUUUCGCUUUACUGCCAUUGGCAUUCCUCCAACGAACUUGGGGUUGGAUCCCUCUCUUGGUCAGAGUUUUUCGAGGAAGUGGUGGUUGGACAGUACAAAAAUCUUUUUGGGGGAUACUUCGACUUCCAAAAAGAACUUUACCGGGCUGCACAGUCUGAUCCAGAGUUUUCACUUCAUACAAUGUACUAUGAAACUUUGAAAAAGGAUCCAGUCUCGGAAAUACUCAGUCUAGCAGGAUAUCUGGGAGUCACGUGUUCCAGGGAACUAGCAGCCGAUAUAGCUGACAAAUGCAGUUUCCACAAGCUGAAACAUGCGUCCGAUAAUUUGAAGGACCAUGGGGAAAUAGCUAAACUAAUGAAAAAUAUGGAUCGAAAACUUCCUAAUUUUUACCGAAAAGGUAAAGUCGGCGACUGGAAGAACUGGUACACUGUCUCACAGAAUGAGCGACACGAUGCCAGGAUAAAAGAAGAAAUGAAAGACAUUGAUUUUGAUCUGCAGCUCAUUUAUGAAAACCUCUAAUAGAUUUAACAAAGCUAACGUUUACAUGUUGGAAACGGAAGACGUCAAUACUAUAAAGUAACUGAGGACAGCAGCAAUAAAUUGAGAAGUAUGCAAGA